CUCAGACUCUAUAUUUCCAAGCUACCAAAUGUCUCCUCCUUGGAAGUUUAUGUGGCCAACUAUGAGCUGUCUACAGAUGGACCUGCUUUACAACUACUAAAAUCAAAGUGCAGGGAGGUGGCUCGCUCUGACUCCGGACUGCUGGCCUCCCCCACUCACGAGGCACUGAGAACUCCCUUUGGGUCACCUCCAGAGCUGUCGCUAUGGAUUGUGUCUAAGGCUGGUUACAUAAAAAAUCCAAAGACGGCUAAAAUUCUGAGCAAUCUUCAAUUGAAAUUACAAAGAAAGGUAGUGCUGAAUCACACCAUACUCCAAGCUUGCUAUCACUUCACCCUGGUCGCCCGCCUGGCCCCUAAGUGGAACAGAGUCCUCUCAUGGCUCCUACAGGGUUGUGAGUUUUUAACAGAAGGAAAAGGGCAAGGGAUUGACUUACAAGUUGGGCUGACUAAUGAGGAGAUAACGGUCACUCUCUCUGUGUACAAGUUCUCGUUUAGUCUGAUGAAGGUGGAAGACCUACUGACAACGUUUUCUCUGCUCAACACCUUCAGGACGGAUCCCCAGUGUGUUAUCAAUGAAGGCAGUAUCUACAACAAUAGGUGCUUUCUGCUACCUAAUUUCACUGUGGGCUACAUCUACUCCACCUCUCACUUCCUUACCCCUGGCACAGAGUUCCAAAGCUAUGACCAAGUUAGGCUACACUGGAAGAAACAGCAUGGUAUUAUUCUUCCUGAGAGGGAGAAUCUCUUCUACCAGGUGUUCUUUAAAGGGAACCCAAGAAAGUUUUUCAGUUACCCAGGCAGCUGUGUGUAUAAAAACAAGCCGAUCCACUUCCCCAGCCGAGACACUGACCAGGUCGCCACUGCAUUCAUAGCAGACUUACACGCCCGACUACAAACUCAAGUGGUUCCGAAUAUUCGUAUUCCACAACAGUUCACAGGACCUCGUGUUGUACCUAUAUUGAAGUAUAAAGUGACAGCACCUUCAGUAAACAAGACAAUAGCUCCUCAGGCAAAACCUAAGGCUCCUAUCGUACCAAUAUUCAAGCCUGUUUCGAUGGGAACAAAUUCUCAGUUGCUCGGCAAGAGGCAGACAGUGAAGAACUCAGUAACUGAAGCUACAAAAAGGCCAUGUUUAGAGCCUAUAGUUACAACUCAAACAACAGUACUCGAUGCAUGCGCACAGCAAACACAGUCUCAAACUAUUCUCAAGAAAUCAUUGCAUCAAUUGAACACUAAGAAACGACGAGCCCCUCAAUCAACCACCAAGAAGCUUUAACUAACAAGUACUGCCCCCAAACAUUCCAGAAGCCCUAACCACACCGCAGUCAGCAGCCAACACACACCAAUCAAACAGUACCUGAUCUGAACUACUCUCUACUGGGCGAGCUUAACGAUGACUUUGAUUUCCUCCCGAGCAAAGCACCCACACUCAAUAAAGGAGUAAAGCAUACUCAAUGCAAUACUGCAAGCACUGGAACCAUGUUCACUGGAGUCAGCCCAGACCUUGUGAAAAAGGUCAACAAGACCAAGGCAGCCGGUUUGAAAAAGUGGCUGUUAGACAAUGGGGUCAAGUGUCGCAGCAAAGAAAAGAAGGAAGAUCUUGUGAGAAUGGUUGUACAGCAUAUCACAUCAACUGGCAAGAACUUUGAACUUACUGUCUAAACUAGUACCUAAAAUCAUGUUCAUUAUUAUCAGACUGCAUGUGUACACUAUAUUUACAAUGCAAAGGGGAUUUCGAAGUUGAUACUGUUUAUUUACCACAAACAGGUGGUAUGACGACAUACAUGUGCUGUGUUUGGAAAUUGGUUUCUACUGCUUUCACGAUUGCACUCAAGAGUUGCUAUUAUGAGUGGCAGCACUAACAUGUCCCCUCUAUAUAUACACACUGCAGGUGCUGACAGCCAACGAAUGCGUUAUUGGGUGAAGGCUGUAUUCCCCAUGAUUGGUGGAAAGGGUGGUGGCAGUAACGUGUCCUCUCAAGCCUCUGGUCCGUUGGUCAACAAGGUACAAGAAGCCAUUCAAGCUGCCAGGGAGUUUUCCUCACAUACAUUUGAUGCAAGUCCUUUUUCAAUAAUAAACAUGCAUAAGUAUUUUUGUCCACAUUAUGCUGUGCAUUUUUGAUCAAAA